AUGAUGUCUCAGUCCCUCCGCGCCUCGCGCUCCCUCCUCACCCGUGCCUCUCGGCAACAGGUCCCUGUCGCUCGCCGCACCUUCCUGACCUCCGCUGUCCGCCGGGCCGACCAAGUCCAGGACCUGUACCUCCGUGAACUCAAGGCCUACAAGCCCACCCCCCUCAAGGCCAACGACUCCGAGGGCCAAGUCCACAAGUUCGCCCUCCCCAAGGCCCCUGCCUCUCCCGAGGAGGCCAACCUGGCCGGUGAGCUGUCCGCCUACGAGGCCCAGCAGGUCGAGGUUGAGGGCCAGGCCGCCGCGGGCGAGGCCGCCCCCGUCGAGGAGAGCUGGUUUGAGGAGGAUGAGGAGGUCCCCGCCGCCCACUAA